AUUUCGUGUUCUCACGAAUAGCUGACCAACCUCACGUACGGUUAUUUCAGUGUGAUCCAAACAUAUGCAUCCGUUAUUCAUUAAACCCAGAGCGAUAACGCGCGUUCUCGGAAAAACUGCAUGAUUGAGAUCACCUGUGAAAGUUCGGUGUGCCGAACUCUCACCUGAGUGAAACCUUCAGGAAUCCGUGAAAAUGCCGCGGUUUCCCAGCUAUUUUGUACAUUAUCGAAAUCCUCGGUUGAAGUGGAAUGUGGGUCUCUUGGCGCGUUUACCGGAAUGUUACAAGGAAUUUUACGAAGAAUGGCAAUAUGGCGUGAGAACUCCAGUUCAUUGGAUCCCGAAAGAGCAAGAAUACGCUCGUGACAACGAAACGGGUGAAAUUAAGCGAUUCGAGAACCAUGAGAUUCCAGCUAUCUACCCACCCGAAUCACAUUCGGCAUUAUGGGGCGGUGAGGGUGUGUUGUACGGUUUCGAGAAGCGGAAACAUUAUCACGCCAAAGUUCCUAUGUUUUGGACUCCUUUUCUGAAGCGUAGUGUGAUUUAUAGUGAAAUUUUGGAUAAAUACCUCUCUACCGUCGUGACAGAGCGAGUUUUGCACAACAUCGACGCUCACAAAGGAUUGGACUUCUAUCUUUUGAAGACGUCUGCAGCGGAUCUGCAGUCCUUGCUGGCGUUGAAGUUGAAGCGGUUUUUGUAUCAAGAGCUGGCCUCGACAUCGGAUCAACCGGAUGUUCGGACGACCAAAAUCCGCCAAAAAUACGAUCACUUGAAAAUUCCAGCCGAGCAUGCAGAAUGGUAUGGUCUCAGUUUGAGGGAAGCUUGUGAAAAGCUUCAGUAUUCGGAGGAACACGCCCCGAAAUUCCCCUUGAAGAACAUUUUUCGGCAAGAACUGAUCGAGGUGCUGAAAGAUAGGAAGAGAAGCGAUUUAGAAACUCGGGAGGAAUCUACGUCGGGGGCAUCCGGAUGGUUAUCAAAAAUUCCUGGGUUCAAGAAGGCUGCUGGCUAA